UGCCAUUUAUAAUGAGACCAACUGAAAUCAUCUUGGAAUUAAUAAUAAUAUAAUUUAGUAAACUAAUUAUAACUGAGCAGGCGAGGAUCUAAUAAUUAACUGGCCUAGACAUGCACAUUGCAUAGUAGCACUAAACUACAUAUAAGGCACUACAGCGUUAAACAAUAAAAAACGGAAAUAAGGAUAUGAAACAAAACCAGCAACAUCUCAAGGAUGUGUCCACGGUUCGCAUCCUGAUGCUGGGCGAUAGAGGAGUUGGGAAAACUAGUCUGACCAAUUUGCUGGCCAGCAGUGAAAUAACGCCCACUCCCGCCUCCCGAACCGUGGGCGAGGGAUCCUGGAAUGUCCAGGUGCGGCUGCACGAGUACCCAAACUUAAUGGACCUGCCGCCCACGCCCUCCUGGACUUCGCCCUCCUCCUCGGAGCGCUCAGAUAAAUUCCCGGAUCCCCCAUUCGCGCCCUCCGGCAGUGAUACCCUGUACUUUGUGGAGUUCUACGAUCUGAACAGCGAUCUGCGCAUGCGGCGCGAGCAGCGCGAUAAUUUCUAUAAGAACAUCGAUGGCAUUGUCCUGGUCUACAAUCUGCAGGACCUGCGCUCGCAGGACAAUCUGCACGAUUGGCUGUACGAUCCGUUGCGUCAGAUUUGCAAGCAUCGCCACCGGCGCAUGCGUCCCAUUUUGAGGCGCCAACAUGUUCCGAUCCUGGUCGUGGGCACCAGGUUGGACAAGCUGCGCCUGCGGCCAUUGCGUCGCGUUGGGGGCAUAGCCCACCAGUUGGCCGCCGACGAGAUCCUCCUCAACUGCCUGGAUCCCGAGAGUUUCGCGGACAGGAGCCGCAAUCAGGGCAAAUUGCGCGGCUUCCUCAAUCGCGUCGUCGAGUUCAAGGAGCUUUUUCCACUCUCACCUACCCGCCGGCCUUAAACAGAUCUCAGUUUAUAUUUUCUAGUUCCAUGUUGACCUUUAAUAAUACCUAU